GGGGAGCUGGAACCCAGGAGCAACCAGCAAAGGACAUAGCCUUUAUGCUUGCCUGCAGCAGCUUGUUUACUGUAAGGUUCAGACUUGUCCUCUUUGUUCCCUGUGAUGGACUGCACCUUUCCCUUCAGCUCUGCCACACAACACUUGCUGCAGCUGGAUGAGGAGCAGCAGGAUCGGUGGAAGCAUGCUCGGCAUAGAAGGUCCCAGUACCGCUACAGUGAGCACAGGCUGAGCCCGGUUGUCCAGGGAUGCCAGAACAGCCGCUUAGAGCCACUGGAGUGCCGGGACCUGCUGGUCCAGAAUGCCCUCUUCACUGGGGACCUGGAGAUGGUGCAGAAGUACUUCACCAGGGGUGCAGCCAUCAAUCUCAUCAUUGAGACCAGGGGUGAUGAGCUGCGCUGGACUAGCAGGAAAUUUGGGCUGUGGUCUCUGAGCUACGAGCAGGAGCUCACCACACCGCUGCACAUCACAGCCAGCCGGGGCUACACCGACUGCCUGCGGCUCCUGCUGCUCCGGGGGGCUGCUGUCGACUUCGCACCGGGGGGCAAGACUGCCCUGCACGAGGCUUGUGCGGCUGCAAGUACGGACUGCGUGCGGCUGCUGCUCAGCUUUGGUGCCAACCCCGAGGCUGUCUCUGAGGAUGGCUACAAGCCCCUGCAUCUCUGCAAGAGCCUGGACUCCAUCGAGUGUGCCCAGCAGCUGCUGCAGCAUGGUGCCAGUGUGAACAGUCGAACAGAGGAGGAAGACGAUACAGCACUGCACAUAGCAGCACGCCAUGGCCUGACAGACCAUGUCCGGCUGCUGCUGCGCUAUGGGGCAGAGCUGGAGGCAAGGAAUAAGGAGGGGCAAACGCCACUGAAUGCUGGCUGUGCUCAGCCCCAUCAGCCCCAGGACAUGGACCGCUACUACCGGGUCUGCCUGCUGCUGGUGGAGAGCGGUGCCAGCGUUGAUGCUGCAGACAGGGACCGCCAGCACCCACUUCACCUGGCCUGCAAGAACGCCAAUGCUCAAAUAGCAGAGUUACUGCUGGUACGGGGUGCAAAUGUCAAUGUCAUGAACUACAGCGGCAACACAGCACUGCACAAUAUCCUGCAAGCAGCUGCCUACAAGCUGGAGCACCAUCCAGAGCUCGUGGUGCAAGCUCUGCUCAAUCACGGUGCUGUCCGUGUCUGGCCUGGCUCCCUCCUCAAGGUGCUGCGGUACUGCCAUCCCUGCCCGCGUGUCAUUGAGGCCCUGAUGAACAGCUACGAUCACGUGCGGGUCUCCGAGGACUGGGUGGAGGCAGUUCCAGCAGAGGUUGUACAGGGUGAUUUCUUCAGCUUUAUCUGCCUCUUGUCCUCUCUUAUCUCUGUAGAAAUACCCACGUUUCUACCAGUCGCUCUUCUCCCUGGAGCAGAGACCUCGCUCCUUGCAGCACUUGGCCCGCUGCACGCUCAGGACCUUCCUGGAGGGCCGGUUGCUUCAGGUCCUGCCUCAGCUGCGCCUGCCAAGUGCCUUGCACCGUUUUCUGCUGCUCGGCUUUGAGGAUGUUCUCUACUAAGGGCUGUGGUUCCACUCCUACAGUGCCUUUCUUUGGAGAUGUUCCAUCCCUGCUGGUGCGGUCUGUGCCUUCCCAGCUGACUCCCUCCCCUCACACACUCUUUCUUACAGAUCACCUGAUUUAACAGGGGGGGAAAAACCAAAACCAAACCAAGAAAAAACACCGGAAAAGCUUUGGGGCACCUAAGCCCUUUUUCAGAACUGAAACAAUUGGAAAAGUUCAAGCCAAGUGCAGGCUGAGAACAAAAGCUCUGAGUUUAACUCAGUUAUUCUAAUCAAUUAGCAAUAGAUUUUUAAAAGCAUUUACAAGAACAAAAAUAUAAAGGUGUGAUGUUCAAGAGCACAUUUUGGCAAUAUAACAUGUCUUGCUGCUUUUCCUCAGGUUUCUAAAAGGGAAAUUUCUAAUGCAGCGUUGAAUGUACUUGCUGGGACAGGAGUUAUACCAGGGAAGUUUAGCUGUCCUGACCAUGCGGGUCUCAACUGAGGACAGCGACCAUGUGACAGUAUUAGCACAGGGACACAUGGUUCUGGUGUGUUUUUACCAACUGCAACGGGCACAGGCAGCUGGGAAUGUCUCUUGGGCACAUGCUACUGUUUCUGCCUCAACAUCCACCUUGUGUUUUUGGCACAGCAGUCGGCAGGAGACACCCUCCUGACUGACUGGCUGAGUAAUGCACGUCCACUGCCCCGCUCCCAGUGUGGCUGUGCAAGGGAUGGGUUUGGGGGGAAAAAAAUUCAUCCCAUUUCUAGACAGAAGUUUCCAUCCAAGCUGUAGGCACAGGGUCUUACUCUGACCCUCUCUGUGUAGUCAAAGCAUUGCCUGUCCCUAGAAUCCCCUUCCUUUAACUGAAAGAUCAACUGCAUCAGUAUCUCCCUUUAGGGCUACCCAGCCUUGAGUGUCUGCUUGACUCUUACCUGAUCUUUCCUGUUCCUCAGUAAAGAGUGUGACACACCAUAAUGGGUGGGCUAGUAAACCAUAAUGGUACUUAUAGAAGGGUAUAAGGACAAAGCAAGUAGAGAAAAACCUUUCCCUGGGAUGUCUGUCCCCACCUCAGAGCUCUGUACAUUGCAUUUCAGGUACUUUAGAGUCAAAAGGGCAUCUUUGUUUUUAGCAGUCAGAGAUUAUUUUUUUUCUUCCAUAAAUUUGAUCAGUCACUUUUUGGACCCAUGUAUAUUUGAGCAUUCUGAUACCCUUGUGGCAAGGAUAACUUAAUUGCACAUCGUGUUGGUAAUCUUCUUUUAUUUGUCUUUAUACUGUCACCUUCUUGUUUCAUUUGAUGCCCUUUAACUCUUGUAUUCUAAGAAUAUGUGGGCAACUACAGUCUGUUCCUCUUCAUCAUGUUAUUCAGAACAAUAUAGAUACCUGUCACUUCUCUCCUUACUCAGGCUGUAAUUCCAUGGGACUAUGUCACUCUCUGCAUGGAAGCUGUCACCCAACUCUGAACCGUAAGUGCAGGCUUUUCCUGUCUCUUUACUGUCCCCAGUGCAUCACUUUGAGAUGAAGGGAUGAGAAUUGUGUACAACAUUCAAAAUGUGGUUGUGCCAUGAUCACGUAAGAGUUAUUAGCUGUGUGGGUGUGAGAUCUACACAAAUGCCUGAGGAACCCUACAUUCAUAUUUGACAUUACCUGAUUAUUUACACAGUCCAGGAGGAGGAUGGCCUUGGCAGUGAUGCCCUCCCAUUCAGCACGUUUUGUGUUCAGAUGGCACAUGUCGCUACCUCUACAUGUGUUCCAGACUCAUUAGUGUCCGGGAUGCCAUCCCUGUUUUAAAAUGAAGCCCACAUUCUUCUUUCCUAUAUGUUGCACCUUAUACUUAGAUGUAACAAACACCAGGUUUUUCAUGAACCUGGUGUUUCAGGCGAUCCAGAUUAGGUUGUCUUGGGCAAGUGCCACCUGUUACUUGUACCAUUGCAACAAGUCAUUUUUAACCACCUCAAUAAUUUUACCAGCAAUUGCUUUUUUAAAUUUUUUCCCUGCUUGCUAAUAUCAUAUAGCAUUGAUACAUGAAUAGAUUACAACUAGAAAUAUAUCUAUCAAAUGGUUAUAUAGAAUAAGUCUUCUCAGUUACCCAAUUCUUUCAAAUCUAUUAAUUCUGAUCACAUUGAUUGUAGCAUAAAGCUAAUUUUUCUUAUUAGAAUGUAAUGCAGAACUAAGUCAAAUGACUUACAGGAGUCUAAGCAUGCCAUAUCUAUCUAGUUAGCUCUAUCAAACUUGUAGGCUUACAAAAAUUACAUAAAAGUAUUUGAAAGUGCCUCUUUGAAAUGACAUUAAUUUGAAUGACAUUAAUUUGGGUUCUAGCUUUUAGUAAUUUACUCAGGACAUCCCUUGGCUGCUUGUUUGUGAUUGCUGGGGAUGUGUGUGUAACUAACUGCUCUGUAGUUUCUUGGAUACCUGUGUGAACACAUUUAAAUACUGGUAAGCCAUUGCAUUUUGUUCCCCCCCCCCCCGUAAGUUUCCCAGUGUGCCAUGAUUUGUUAUAAAUAAAAUUAAAAAAUCAAUGGUUCAGUGAACUCAUUAGUCAAUUAAAUACUCUUGGAUGUAAGUUAUCCUUCCGCAGAUUACAAGAAUUGUUACUUAAACAGUUUCUCUUUAGCAUCUUCCUUAAUUACUUGUGGAAUAGAAAGUAUUUCAUUACCACUGUAAAAUAUGAAUAUUAUCCAUUGUUGUUUCAAAUAUGGAGCAGGAAUAUUUGUUAUGCAGAAUGUAUGUUUACAGGCAGAAACCUGGGGCAGGCACCCAGUGACUACAGUUCUUUGGAUUCUCUGCUGCUGGGGUGUCCUGCUCUGGGGUCGACAUUGCAAAAAAACCUGAGAAAUUGGAGAGGGUACAGAGAAGAGCUGUAAAUGAGCUAUGGAUUGCCUGUGAUCCCUGGCAGUGGGAACGUUGGAGGGGUAGUUGGAUAGACAUUGAUCCUUGGAGUCCUGCAGUUGUAAGGCGCCUGUUCUUUGGUCCCAGAUUUACAGGGCAGGAAGGGUGACAGCACUCUUCCAUGGAGCACUGUGGGCACAGGAGCUGCACGUACCCUCCCUCCCCACCCUGACACCCCUCACUGGUCUGUGCCUCCCCGAGCUUUCUGAGGGGCAGGCUGCAGAGUUUAUUCAGCGUUGCCAGUUCUUCUGAGUGGUGCAUGGAGGCAAAACUAGAUCCAGUGGCUGCAAAUUGAAGCUGGGCAAACAUAUUAGAAAUGAGAUACAUUUUUAAAAGCAAGGGUAAUUAAUCUACUAAUUAAUUGCAUCUUAGACUAGCUUAUCAUGGUGGAUGUAGAUUUCUCGUCUCUGGCUUUUUCAAAAAUCAGUGGAAGAUCUGCCCUGGUCCAGACCAGAAUUCAUCCUGCAUGGUGCUUAGCACAUGUCCCAAAGACCUUGGACUGCUUAAUUACAGAUCUAUGGUCCAUAGUCUGUCACUCUUCUGCACUUGUCACUACCACUGGCCUCUGUCACUGUUGGGACUGCAUUUGGCCCCAGGGUAAUGAAACAACUUAAUGUUUCCCUUAACAGCGCUGCUCACUUCAUUGAUGUCUCCAACUUUCCCUAAUUUCCUUCAUUUUGGUGGAGAUGAACCACCAGUGGUGGUUUGUACUGGCUCUGACAACUUCCUUGCUCUGAACUUGCUGGCUGCACUGAUUUCUGAAAAAGACAUUCUGAAAUAAAUUGUGAUGCUACUUUAUAA